GGCGUCGGGCGGACGGGAGAAGUCUGGUAGAAGUUGCCUCCCGGUUUCCGGCGGUGACAGUAUCGGUCUGUGGAGAGAGCGGGGCGCGGAGCUGUGCACCGGACGGUCCGGGAGUCCUGUCACGUGAACACCAGCAUUCUGAUUUAAGCCAGCUUGAAUUAUCCACGUAAGCCACCAUGGAUGAAGAUAUGAACAUAGAAGACAUCCAGCUCCAAGCAAAUCAGGUCACUGAUGAGUCUCUAGAGAGCACGCGCCGGAUGCUGACCCUUGUAGAGCAGAGUCAAGAUGCAGGAGUGAAAACACUGACUAUGCUGGACGAACAAGGCGAACAACUAAAACGUGUUGAAGAAGGACUGGACCAGAUCAACAAAGACAUGCGCGAGGCGGAGAAGAACCUGACAGAACUGAACAAGUGCUGUGGUCUUUGUGUCUGCCCAGGAAAGAGGGGAAAGAAUUUUGAAACUAGAGAAGCGUAUAAGACGACAUGGGGGGACAAAGAUCCAGGCUCAGCAGACGUGGUCUCCAGGCAGCCCCAGCAGAUGAAUGGACAGCAGCAGAGCGGAGUCGGACAGAGCGGCGGCUACAUAAAGAGGGUUACCAAUGAUGCCCGGGAGGAUGAGAUGGAUGAAAAUCUGCAGCAGGUUGGCAACAUGCUAGGAAACUUGAAGAACAUGGCUUUAGACAUGGGCAACGAAAUUGACAGCCAGAACAAAAUGAUUGACCGGAUUAACGACAAGGCGAUUGUUAAUAAAGAUCGCAUUGAUGAAGCCAACGUAAAAGCCAAGAAACUGAUCGAGUGAAAAAAAGCGGCAAACUCUUCAGUUCCUGUUUAAGCUGUUAAUUCUUUCACCGUGACGGCACAAUAUGAGAUAAGAGGUUUUAGGGAAUGAAGCUGCCCUGUUGUCUUGUGCAUUAUGUAUUCACAAAGAUCCAACUCAUCCACUUUAACUCAUCUCAGUCUUGGAGAAAUAUUCCAUCCCCACGUUGUAUGGUAGAAAUCUACGGCUGCACAACUGUUCUCAUUGAUUGUGGUUCCUACCAUUCAAAUUAUUUUAAUUUUUUUUCCAAGACAAUUCCAUUUUGAGAAUGUUUUCCUUGGUGUUUGAUAGCAGAGUAGCAAGGAAGUAACAAGGUCUAAUAAUGGUAGAUAAAGGCCACUGCAUAUAGUUCUGUACCCAAAAACUAAAUGGGCACCAGUCAAUCCAGUUACAUUGUGCCUGUACUUAUCAAGUCAGUGGAACUAAGCAUUCCCAUUUUAAUUGCAUAAAUCAACCAAAGACACUGUCUUCCCAAUUACCGGUAGCCAUCAGGUAAGAUAGAAAGGCUCCUAAUAUUGUGUGUGUCUUAAAUCUGGGUAGUGGGAUUGAUCCAUGGAGGAUGCAUAAGCCCUCUUCACAGGGGCGUAAUGUGGGCACAUUUUGGCAUCUAUAUUACAGCUGCAAAUUCCGGCCUGACUAAUGUGCUGAACCUGGGGCAUCCUGGAUCCCUAUGAUGCUGUAAGUUUGGGUCACAAUCAGUUGGGCUCGGAUUUGCACUUGCAAUAUGGACUCUAUGUAAUGCUCCCACACUAGGACUGUCUGAAUGAGCCCUAAUUCUAUAUGCCAAAUUACAGUCAAUGUAAAAUGUACAGAGAAGUUUUAAUAUUUUUCUUUGCCUGGUCAGUAUUGGUUUUAUGAAGAAGAGGGCCUGUCGGCAUGAAUUCUGUUAAACAUCCAGAUCUUUUAAAUCUGUGCUAACUGACAAUGGAGCAGAUAAUCACUGGCCAUUUGUAUGGGGGGCAGAGAUAUACUCGUAACACAUUACUGUGAACAGUUGUGGCGUUUGUUUUUUUUGUUUUUUUAAGAAAGCAGCCAUGGAUAUGUAGAUGCCCUCUGGUCUCUGCUGAAUACAUUCUGGACUGGCAUCGAGGCAAUAGGAUUUAUCCAGCAGAAAUCUGACUCUUUUUACUUCAGCUUUUUCUUUUUUAAAUUAAAGUAGUAAUUGUUGUGCACACUUUGCUGUUGCUGAAAAAUCUAAUAUCCUACAGGCUUCUCUACGGGUGUAUUACUAAUCUGUAUAAACUUCAGGGGGCUUACAUCGUAUGAUAAAAAUCAGGCUGGAAUGGCAGUGGAACUACCUCAGAUACCAGACCGCUGGUAGGAAAACAGCUUUCCCAAUUAUAACUAGGGCAUCUGUCAGCAGAUUUGUUACAUGUGCGCUUGGCAGCUGAUGGCAUCUGUGUUGGUCCCAUGGUCAUAUGUGCCCGCAUUGCUGAGAAAGAUGAUGUAUUAAUAUAUGCAAAUGAGCCUCUAGGAGCAACAGGGGCGUUACCAUUACACCUAGAGGCUCUGCUCUCUCUGCAACUGCUGUGCAAUAUUCAAUUUGAUGACAGGGCCAGGUAUGAUGGCGUUUACACUGUAAGGGUCUAUUCACAUGUCUGUAGUGUAUUGUGGAUCCGCCAUACACCCGGUCAGCACCCCCAUAGAAUUGCCUAUAGGAUGCAGCAGUUGCAAAGAGACCAGAGCCUCGAGGAGUAAUGGCAAUGCCCCCAAUUGCAUAUAUUACAACAUUAAUAAAACAUCAUUGUUCUCAGCAAUGCGGGCACAUAUGAACAUGGCACCAACACAGAUGCCUUCAGCUGCCAAGUGCACAUGUAACAGGUCAGCCGGUGUCAUAGGGACAGAAGCACUCUGGAGAAAAAAUAAAUUGUAUCACUCAGUCUAUUAGUAGUGCUGGUAAUUUUCCUACCUGAUUUAUCUGCUCCAUUCUGCCAUUAUCACGUGCCCCAGACUGCAUAAAUCCUACAGCAGUGAUAUGCAACCUUUGUCACUCCAGCUGCUGUGAAACUACAACUCCCAGCAUGCACACUUACUUUGCUGUUCUGUUAACUCCCAUAGAAGGAAAGGAUGAUUCUGGGAGUUGUAGUUUCAGAACAACUGGAAGUUGCUGAUCCCGGUCCGCAGCUUACAUUUGGACUGGUAGUCAGUCUUUCUAUGCGUUACUGGGAGACUCUAUAAGACUGACUUUCGCUCCAUACAGACGCUGUAGGAUUUGUACAGCCUGAUUACAGGUAUGGCACUGACAACUCAGGAAUAAAGAAAAAAAAAACUGCGCCACUCUUGUUCAGAGGCUGUGCCUGGUAUUGCACCUGCUUAUUACCCACUACUGAGGCGAUAUCCCCAACACACCAAAUAUGAGCUCACUGCUGUGCCUAUUUUUUUAUUUUUUUUAUUAGAGCUGGAGAUUCAUGUUGUAUGUAUACUGUCAUUAUUCCCACUGUGAGUACAAGCACUAGGAAUGUAAGUGUUAGACUUUCUCAUAAGGAACUUUUUAUUCCUCCACCCUCCUAAAUGCAAAGCUUUCAAUGUACGGCCAGAACAUAGAUGGCAGCAGUGCCUGUUCAUAGGGGUUGUCCUAAAUAAAAAACACCCCACCUCCUGUGCUGCCCUGGUAACAGACUACAGAAAACCUCGUAGAGUCUGAUUUAUGCAGUCGCAAUCCAUUUAUGCCCUAGUUCUUGCUAAUAUCCCAAAUUGCAUGGAUCUAAUAAUAUAACGGCAGGAUCAACGUUCAGUUCCAUAGGAGCUGUAGACAGAACUUUACUGGAGCAAAAAAAAAAAGGGAGGGAAAACUGAACCCUUUAGUUUAGGGGCAAUUGGCUUACAUUCUGGAAAUUCACUGUUACACCAGACACAAUGUCAUGAAUGUAAUAUUACCUCUCACUUAGUGAUCCGUUACUACAUUCUGGAGAAUAGGACUUGUAAUCCAUAUGCAAAUAAGCAGCUAAGUGCACUAAGGGCGGGCCCAUGUCACUCAGUGCAACCUUACUCCUCUGGCAGCCCAUCCCUAUUUCUUGAUUUGACAGACCCAGGGUCCUGCAUAGUAAUCUCUCCUGACCCUGUCAAUUAGGAAGUAGGAGGAGCCAGCGUGCACAAGACUUGGUCCCGUCCUCAGUGCUCUUACCUGGUUACUUGCACAUGGAUUAAAAGUUGUUUUUUUUCCCCAGAAUGUAAUGGAUCAGUUAAUGAAAAGGUAUCAGUUAGCCCUACAAGGCAAUUUGUCUUGUUUAUUAAUGUAUUUCCUUGGACAACCCCUUUUAACCUCUAGCACAGCGUGCAAGAUUUGGUCAAGAAUGUAUGUUUUGUAUAAAACCGCAUCGGCGUUGUAUGUGGAGUUGUCCUCCAUGUUGGUUUUGUACUUAUGUCUUUACGAACAUAUCACAAAUGUGCCUUCCCGUUCUCUUCUGAAAAUGUUUUUAAAGUGCUAACCUUCAAUAAAUGUAGCUGUGAAGAA